AUUUCAUUUGUUAUGCUUAUGAUGGUAUUUCAUGGAUUAAGUUCUCAACUUUGGUGUUUCUUUAAUUUUUAACAGCAUAAUUAGAUUUACUUAUGUAGGAUGCUUGUUUUAUUCAUGUAGCUUGAAUUGAAGAGCUUCGGAUGGUUUUUUAAGUGAAUGGUUUAACUGAAUUGCAGUCGAUUUGUUUUAUUUUUUACUUUUAUUUUUUUUAAUUUUUUACUACCCCAGCUAGAACUUGAGUAUGAUAAAAACGAAUUUUUAUCGAAACAAAUUCAAGUCGAGCUGGAACUCGAUGUUUAAAGCUCGAAUCCUUAAACCUUUUCACAAGCUCAGCUCGCGCUUGGUGAACUUGAAUUUCCAGUAAAAGAAAUUGAAGUCUUUUUUCUUGUUCUUUCUAAAUUCAAUGCAUGUUUAGUUACAAGCAUGCCAUGACCAUUAUUUUCCUAGUUUGAUGUGAUUGUUUUUGUGAUUGUCAAAGAGAUUUGGUAUUUAUUCUCAUUUAAAGAAAACUGCUUUGUAGUUAAUCAAAUUAUGUGUUAGAUAUGGUUUAUAUCAUGAAUGCCAGUUUGUGAAUGAGAGGAUGGAUACUGAUGUACGAAUAACUCAAUAUCAUUGGUAAAUUAACUCAAGUUGCACAGAGGUAACAAAGAUGCACACUUUGCAAAUCCUAUGUGAUGAUUGAGAUGAAAGAGGGAUGCCAAUUGAAGUUAGAAAAUAAAGGUAGGAUACAAGAUUCAAUGUAGAGCAGAGUUGAUAUCUACCCUUACCACUAAACUAUGGUAUCAGAGAACUUUAUCUCUGCUGGGUAACAGGUGUCAAUAUCAUCAACUCAUAAAUUGUAAGGUUGAGGAGAUGAGUGUUGGGAACAGCUUAGGAGGAGGCUUGAAGAAAGUGCUGGCUGAAGUGGCCAUCAAAGGAGUCACUGAGGCUAGAGCUAGGAUUUUCGGUCAUAUUCUUAACCCAACUGGUCAAAGAUCCCCCCACAAAGUACUUCGCAAGAAGCUAAUUGGUGACAAAGUUGCAGCUUGGUAUCCUUAUGAUAUCAACAGGGAUGAUCCCAGUGUGAUGCAUGCUCAGGAACAAGUGCGAUUGAAUAGGCUUGAAAUGUUGAAGCGUCGCCAGAAGGGGCCACCAAAGAAAGGGCAAGGAAAGCGCGCUAAAAAGAGUGGCCGAUGAGGAUGAUCUUCAAAAACCCAUUCCAUCUACAAAUUUAUAUGAAAUGCUAGCCACCUAUGCCUUUUUGGAGUGCAUCAUUUUCUUGACAUGUUUUUCAUGUACUAAGUUUUAAGAUGCAAAUAAGAUGCAAGUAAUUUGCAUAUGUUUAACCCUACAACAUAUCUUGAUGGUUGGCCUUGUGUCUUUGAGCUGUCAAUAAUAUUCAAUUGCUUUGAUAGGGAUAA